CUGUGUUCCAAUUGACGUUUCGCCAGACUGAGGGGUCUUCAUAACAUCGCGACAUGGCUCGACUUGCGCACGAUGGGCAUCUGCCGGACGAGGAAGAGACAAACGCCAACGGGAGUGUGAAGCCGGACGCAGCACGUGAGGAGGCCAAUCGUUAUCAACAAAAUGCAUCACUUGGGGAAGACACAAAAGAGGAGGACAAGAAGAAGAAAGAGCCAGGGAGAAUUAAGAAGAUAUGGGACAAGCUAGGGCUCGACGCCCCGACGCUGAUGAUGAUGGGCAAAGCUGCCCUCCCGCCAACAAUAGCACUUGCCAUGUAUGAAGCCGACAAGGUCGCGCAGACAUACACGACCCUCGGAUACCUUGUCGCCAUCAUCUCGAUUCUCGGAUUCUGCAUCAUGCCGAGAGCGAAAUUCAUCCAGACGAUGACUAUGAACAUCCUCAGCACGUGCGUGGGUUCAGCUAUUGCGAUGUUGAUGGUGUGGUCUGCUGUCAAGGCGCGCGAACACACAACGGUGCCUGGCGCUCCUCCAUCACGAUACAACUCUUCGCAGUCAGCGGUACUUGGCGUAUGGCUGUUCAUCCAGAUCUACAUUGUCAACACGCUGAAGGCGAAGUUCCCGCAGUUGGCUUUCCCGACUAUCAUCUACUCGAUCCAGGUAAACGUUGCGGCGACCUCUGGCUUUCUCUUCACAACGCCCGCACAGUGUGUGGCCUUCAUCCAGCGCUUAUUGGAGUCGUUCUUGACCGGAUUCGCAAUCGCUACUGGCGUGAGUCUGUUCAUCCUUCCUGUCACCUGUCGAAAAGUCGUUGUGAAAGAGAUGACUGGAUAUAUUGGGCUCUUGAAGGCAGCAAUCGCUGCGCACAAAGGUUACAUCCACAGCCUGGAAGGUUCAGACAUGUUUGGGCAAACAUACAUCCCCGAAGCCGAGAAUGGAGAUGAUGCAGACAAGGAGAGGAAGCCAAAGGCUAAGCCGGAAGUCGCGGCAGUGAAGAAGACGAUAGGGGCUCUCCAGGAAUUGCACGGAAAGCUCACUGCGGAUCUCGCGUUUGCUAAGAGAGAGAUUGCGUACGGCAAGCUGACACCGGACGACUUCGAAGCCAUGUUCAAACACCUGAGAUCGAUUCUCAUGCCUAUCCUCGGUCUAGGCUCGGUCCUCGAUCUUUUCGAACGAGCUGCGGAGAUCAAUCACUGGGAUGGUGAAAAUGUGUCUGAAAAUGACUACGAACUGCGAGAAAAGGCCGUCGGCGAGUGGAACGAGUUGUUUUCGUUCGUCCAUGAACCGUUUGAUCAUAUCAUGCAAGUUAUGGACGAGGGUCUCACGCACGUCAUGCUUAGAAUGCAGUUCACUAAACCUCCCAAGAAGAAGAAGGGCCAAAAUCAGGACGACACAGAAGCAAAGGGAGAUUCAGUAAAGCCCGGCGAUAAGAACUUUGCAGAGUACAUGGAGAAGCAAGCCGACAUAUUUUACAGCGCAAAGGAGCCCACUCUCCGCCACUGGAUCGAAAGCAAGGGGAUCAAGCUCAGUGCCGACUACUUCUCAUGUCCAGACCAGAUCGACGACGAAACGCUCAAACGGCUUCCCAGCAUCACUACGAGAAAGCGUGAUCAGCGACAGCUAUACAUUGUACUUUACGUUAUCUUCCUACUUAACUCAGUCAGCCGCUCUAUUCUCGACUUCGUCAAGUUCGCCGAUGAGCACGACCAAGCAACAGCAAAGAAGAAAAUCAUCAACCCUGGUGGUAGACGUCUGAAGAAGUGGGUGAAGAGCAUCUUCAAAACUCAAGACUCGAACCACGACGAUGAGACUACCAUCGCUGGCUCCGACAGGAACAACACCACCAUCUACAUGGGUGAGGCUUACAAAAGCAAGAAAGAUCCCGAGCACCUGCCACCUAGGAACGCCUGGGAGAAGUUUGGAGACAUCAUUCGCGCAUGCGCAAGAUUCUUCCGCUCCUCUGAAUCUGCCUUUGGUUUCCGUGCUGCAUGCGCUACUAUGUCAAUCGGCAUCAUCGCUUUCCUACACGACACCCAAACGUUCUUCGUCGAGCAACGUCUCGUCUGGGCCAUGAUCAUGGUCGCCAUCUCCAUGACCCCGACCGCUGGCCAAUCGAUCUUCCAAUUCAUGCUGCGUAUCGCCGGCACCGCGGUCGCCAUGUGCGUCGCCUGGCUAAUCUGGUACAUCCCCGACCAAAAAACCGGCGGCAUCAUCCCCCUCCUCUGGUUCUUCGUCGCAAUCGGCUUCUACAUCCCACUCAAGCGCAUGGAUCUCGUAAUCGUCGGCAUGAUCAGCGUCGUCACCACCACCAUGAUCGUAGGCUACGAACUCCAAGUCCGCAAAAUCGGCGUCCGCGCCGCAACCACAACCGGCCAACCCGCCUAUCCCAUCUACCAGCUCGGCCCGUACCGCCUCGCAACCGUAGUCGGCGGCCUCGCGGUAGCGUUCUUCUGGACCGUCUUCCCCUACCCGAUCACUGAGCACUCCGCGCUGCGCCAGAAGCUCGGUGGCGCGCUGUAUCUGAGUGCGAAUUUCUACUCCAUCAUGCACGAGCAAGUGAUGUCGCGGAUCCGGGGCGAUGCGGGCGACGAGGAAAACGACAAGGAAUCGCCGGGCUUCAUGCUGAACAAAGCGCGCAACAAGGUCUUCGCAAAGCAGAUGCUGACCCUGCAGGCGCUAAAAAUGCACUCAGGUUUCGUCAAAUACGAGUUUCCCCUUGGCGGCAAGUUUCCAGCAAAGGACUAUGAGAAGAUAAUCGGCUACGUAAAUAAUAUCAUAAACUACACCGCUUUGUUAGGUUACGCCAGCCAGGCCUUCACACACCCACUCCUCAAACCCAACACACCAGACGAAGAAGCCACAUGGUCGUCCCCGCGCUUCCCGAAACAAGCAUCCCCACAAUGGUUCAGUGAUUUCCGGCGGGUGAUCAAAGACGCCAACGUCACGAGCCACGAAAUCACAACGCUCCUCUCCCUCCUGUCGAGUUCGAUCCAAAACGGGCAGCCACUUCCGCCGUAUUUGAAGGUCCCGCAGAACUACCAACUAAGUCAAAAACUCGAAGCCGUCGAUUCCGACAUCCUGAGCUUGAGGCAUAUUGCGGAGCCGGGGUAUGCGGCGUUUGCGGUCAUGGCGAUUAGUACGAGGUGCAUUAGUAUGGAUAUUGAGAGGUUGCUCAAGGCUGUCAAGAAACUCGUCGGCGAGCUGGACUUCUCGUUCCAUGUUGUUAGCACGAGCAAUAGCAGUGAGAACUCGUCGGCUGAGACGCUGGUUAAGAAUACGAGUCAAAGGAGUGGGAGUGGGAGUGGGAGUGGGAGGAGUAAACAGGAGUAAGACACGGCAGAUGGGUGACACGAUAGGGAAACGAGUAGAUAUAGUUCUUGAAACCUAUCAGCAAAGCAAAGCAAACCUCACGGGCAGCAUUACGCUGACAGCAGCCACGAAAGAGACGUUAGUUAGAAUUGACGUUUGGACAAGUGAGAACCAAGCACACAAUCGAUUUUUACCUCUCCAAACGUCAACUCCGACGAGCCCACUCGGUCUUUGCGCUGACUGGGUUUGUCUUGUUCGUGGGGGAUGGCGGCGCGACUGCUUUGUGCUGGUCAGUUCCGUCGUUCCUGCAGUCACUCGGGUGUCUUCACUGUCAUGGUGAAAUAUCGGUUUUGCGUUUAGCGUCAGAUGCAGCAUUUGUAUAGCACGAGUAUCGC